ACUUUGAUCUCUUCUUUUCCUCAAUUCUUUGUCUCUUUUUGAUGAUUGUAUGAAGAGGACAAGCGCUGCUCUGUUUGUAUUUCCCACAGAAACGUCAUCAGCGGUACUUCUUCGAUUUCCGAUUAGGGGGAAUGGUUGUCAGCUGGAUGAACAAGAGCGGCUUCUUCUGGUCAAAGUCGUCUUCACCGUCGUUUAAAAAAACAAAACAAAAAAACACUAAUCUGCUCUAAACUGUGCAUUCCAGCGUGGUGAAAGUUAUUAUUCACACGGAUGGUGGGAUAAAAGAAAGCAUCCGUCAUGUUUUUCGCCCAUUAUCAUAUUGCUGGGACGCAAUGAAUUGUUCCGACCAAUCAGGAUGUUUUGCGCACACGCCACAGGAUGAGCUUGCUUUCGUUUUUCAUUUUCCGGAAGAGUUGAAUACGAAAACACUAGAAACAAAUAAGUUGCGUUCGGUCUUUUCAUCUGAUUACUUGUUCACUUUAAGGCUAAUAUAUUUUUAUUAUUAUUUGGGGAGAGCCGCAAACGGAUAUGUCAAUGUUGGUGAAGGAAUAAAUCCAUCUUUGUGGGAUAGGGAGGACGUUUCCCUCUGGCUUCACUGGGCUCACAAGGAGUACUCACUCCGGCGACCUGAGAAGGCUCACUUUGAGAUGAAUGGCCGGGCCCUGUGCCUGCUCACCAAGGAGGACUUCAGACACCGCUGCCCUAGCUCAGGUGACGUUCUGUAUGAGAUCCUGCAGUGUGUGAUAAAGCAACGGAGGACUGUUGUAUGUCAACCCCCAAAGAGGUCUCACAUCCAAAGCACAGACAGGCCUCAGAUGCAAGUCCCAAAAAUUGAAGAGUCCCUGUCUCCCUCCUCAGACAACACGCGAGCUCCACAAAAACAAGAUGAACCUGAAACACUUAUGGAGGAACCUCUCGAUUUGACCUGCCAAGAGAAACCUCAACAACAAACGCACACACCCGACGGCCGCUUGCCAGAAUGCAGGUUUCUGUGGGAUUAUGUCUACAACCUGCUGUGUGAUGACCAAUAUCAAGAAUACAUCCGAUGGGAAGAUCGUGGCAGCCAGGUGUUCAGGGUGGUGGAUCCCAACGGCCUCGCACGUCUGUGGGGACAUCACAAGAAUCGAGACAAUAUGACCUAUGAAAAAAUGUCUCGUGCUUUAAGACACUAUUACAAACUCAACAUCAUCAAAAAGGAGCAAGGACAAAAACUCCUCUUCAGGUUUCUGAAAACACCACAAGACAUCAGCAAAGAGCUGGAUGACCCUCUGGAGUCUCCAGCAUACUCUCCCCUUCAGGACAAGAACGUUUCAGACAGUAGUCCUUUAUCUGAUUCUGAACGGAACAAGGAACAUUUUGAGGUUUCCCCUUAUCGUACCUCUCCCGAAUGCUCGCCAUCUGCCCCACCGCUGAGAUGAAACAAGUGUUGUGCAACAAGAAUCAUCUUGGUUCUAACUAAGAUUGUCAAUCAUUGACUUGUUUACUUUAUGCUUCCUCUUCUAUGACCUUUAUUGUGAAUCAAUACUUUUAUUUUAAUCACACCAAACACUAUUGAGAAAAAUAACUAUCUAUUUUAUUGAAUGUCUUCAAUUUUUAAUUAUAUUGUACGAGAAGUAUAUUGAAUGUUUGUUGUGUGAUACAUUUUAUACACUACAUAAAUCCUGUUCAUCAAUAAUACUCAUUUUAAUCAUUAAUUGCAAUCCCUGUUUUGUUUAAAAUAAUUAUUAUAAUUUGAACAGCACCAACAGUGUAUCUACAUUAUUUUGGUACAUUUCUCAAGCCUAUCACAAUAGCUUAUUCAUUUUGUUAUUAUAUAUAUAUUUUUUAGUUAAGCUACUUGUUGCUAUGUAUCUACUUAGACGCACAUUGCAG